AUGCAAGAAGAGCACUUCCUCGGUCUUUUCACUCUCUUCGUAAGUGUUCCAUUUUGAGUUUUGACCACUGCGGACCAUUUUCCAGAGCGGAUUCGUCGGCUUUGUCACCAACUGGUCCGUCGUCUUCUUCUUCCGAAGCGUUCCCUCUCUCCGCAGCUCCUUCGGCGUUCUUUCGGCUCACGCAGCACUUGUGUCCGCAGUCUACUGCUCGAUCGCUCUUUUUUGGAUCUCACCCAUCAUGCUCUUGUCUGUUAUUUUACCUGAUUUCAUAUGCAAAUCAUGAUUUCAGAAACGUCGAAUGGCUCCGGAACAACUCGUACUUGGCAGGAUUCGUACUCUAUUUGUGUUACGAUCUCGAAACUGAAACUCAUUUGCUCAUUUGCAUAAACCGGUUCUUCGCAGUCUCCUUCCCUCACACAUAUCCAGUUCUCUUCAGUAUUACUUCCACAUUCAUUUUUCUAGCAAUUUUAUGGGUUGUAUGCCUUCUCAUCAGUAUUAUCGUAUUCCCUUUGUGUAAGUUAUCUUCUCGUGAGUCACAAGAAUAGAUGUACAUUCAGCCGGAUGCCAAAUGUACUAUGAUGCUGAAAUAAUGACACUGAUCUACACGAGAACGCCAUCCUGCCAGAAUCUUACGUUGAUUGCCGACUUCGGACUGCACAUGUGUGUUCUGACCGCUAUGAUUGUGUUAAACUCAAUCACAUUUUAUCAAUUUCGACGGAAAAAUAGAGCGGUAAGUGUGUAUUUGUCGAUGAGUCACGCACUUUUCCAAUAAUUACAGAUGUUCAACUCGCUGAACCACGCGUCAUCACUUCGAAAAGCGAAAUCAGAGCGUAACUUUCUUCGGCAGACAUUUUACCAGGAAAGUGCGUACGUCGUCGCGCUGCUCACUUAUUUCCUGCUCGGCACUGUGCUCGAAGCGAAAUGGCUCCGCUUCGUCGUCAUUCUGCUUCCCUGGUAUUUCGUGCACGCUUACCAGGCAAUGGUCACCAUUCUCUGCAACCCGGAGCUCAAAAAGAUAUGCAUCAGGAAGUGGAGACUCUGGUCAGUCACAAUCAGAGAGCACGAAGGAAGCACACAAAAAUGUGAUUUCCGUUUCAGCUUCAAUGCACCCGAGAUGGCACCGAAUGCACCCGCGAGGACAGGCGACGCUUGGAGGUCAACGACGUCGCGCAUCUCCAAAUUCUGAUGCAUUCUAGUUUUUAAGACGGAAAACACUGAACGGGCUCUUUCUCUUCUCUCCUCAAUCACAUUCUUGAUUUUCUUUGCCGAAUGAAUUCGCUCUUAUUCAUUUCGCCAGACAUUCAGAAAUCACACCUUCAGACAUUCGAAUCAAAUUUAAUCGCAAUGAUUCAAUCUAGAUCCACUCCAGUCCAGCUCGACCCUCCCUCUGCAAUUUUCAUCCGCGAAGUCGACUCUCACCGUUGUUUGUCCGUCAUCUGGAUUUCUUUCUAAUCAGAACACGCAGGCACAACUCGGAGUAACAAGGCCCUCUUCCGUUUUCUCUUUCUUUCUAAACUUAUAGCAUCACCUCACAGAAUCGCUUUUAAGGCUCCGAUUUCAAAAGAAUGCACGAGCAGUUGAUAGUCGCUUCAAUCACAUUCCUGGUGGGUCGUUUAGACAUUUUAUUAAAGAUCAUUGAGAUGGAUGCUUCAGAUAACAUUGUUCGGAACGGCGGCCAAUCUACUAGUAUUCCUGGCGGCUCGAAAAAUGAGCUCUAUGAAUAGUUCUUUUGGAGUGAUCACCAAGAAUCAAGCAGUUUGUAACACAAUUAUGUGCCUCAUAUUCCUGUUAUACGUGUGUCCGAUGCAAUUAAGGUUUCUGCUCAUUCGCAUGAUAUCAUUCACAUUUACCGACGGUUUCAGCGAUGCCAAGGGCCUAGUGCAGUUCUCUCACUUUCUCGGUCUCGCCGCGAUGACCGUCUACGAAGUGUCCAAUCAGUCGCAUCUGCUCAUUGCUCUCAACCGAUUCUGCGCCGUCUUUAUGCGUUCCCACUACGAGAAGCUGUUCAGUGAAUUCGGAACAAAAGUGCUGAGGAACAUUAUUUGGAUAAUAUCAACAAUCAUGUGUGUCAUCCUUUACGAAAUCAUCGGAUGUCACUUCGAAUACGACGAUGUCUCGUGGUCGCUCGCCUUUGUUGCCACGCCCGAGUGCGCGAAUCUCACUUGGUAUUCCGAUUUCACCUUCAACACUUCUCUCGUCGUUCUAACUCUUUUAAUCAAUCUCUUGACGGCCUACAAAGCGGGAAGGGACAGCCGAAUGCUGAUGAACGCGGCGGGGAUGAAGAUGUCGAAAAGGCAAAGACAACGGGAACUGAACUUUGUCAAGCAGACAUUCUCCCAAGGAACCACAAUAUUCGCCGGACAGAUCACUUACUACGUGAUUGCUCCUCUCUUCACAGACCAGAUUCUACUCUUUUUCAUUGGCACGUUAUGGGCGUACAUGCAUGCGGCCGAAGGGUAAAACAUCUAAUGAAACCUAUAGAAACCCGAAAGGUUCAUUUUUCAGUGGAAUCAUACUGGCGUCGAACGAGGAGAUGCGAACGUUUGCAUUCAAAAAAAGAAAAAGUUGGUCGGAUUCUGACGGAGGUGUUCCUGUAUUCUGAAUGGUUUCAGAGUCCAACACGUCCGUCUUCGUUUCCAGCGUUUCCAUCGGAUGA